AUGUGCUUCUCUCGAUAUGAAGAGGAGUCCAUCUCCUGCACAAUUCGCGAUGACCGACCUCUGAAAUGGGGCAUUCCUGAUUCACGACCCUCCGACGCUCACGAAGACAACACCCUCACGAUCGGCUCCCGCCAGGCCAAGCGCCAACUUUCCCGUCGCCUUCACAAGAUCUGCAAGACACAUGCUCGUGCUGAGGGCAAAGCACGUGCUUAUGCCGAGCUCAUGCAACAGCGAGAAGCGCGAGCUCAUGCGAAAGCUCUUGCUCAGCAGAAGCUCGUAGUCAAGCGAUUGGAGAAGCAGCUCAAGAAGAUCAUUCAGCAAGAGUACGAGAAGUCCUUCCUCGAGCGCGAACACCGUCACUUUCUCAACGAUUUGGCCGAAUCACAUGCCAGAUCCAAUGAAGAAAUUACUGCCUUUAUGGCUCCGGGUUCCGCGCCAGGACCCAAGGAUCCUACGGGACACCCACUGAGAGUUUGGCAGGACAUCACAUGUGACGGUGUCGAGUUCCAGAAGGGAGAGGUCGGCGAGGUGAAAGCCUACGACAGCACCAGAAACAGGAUGAUGGUCCUGUUUCCUCGUCGACACGAAGCCAAUCCCAAUCGUCCACGGAAGGAAUGGCAGCCUAUCAUGCCCCUCAACCCCAGCUUCAUCGAAAUCAACUGGGGUGUGAAAUGGGGCCAAGAGAGUAUCAAUGCCAAUGUCCCUCCCGCCACUACCAACAUCGACUGGAAGGACUACAUAGACCUCUCGAAAGAACACAACCUGACAGUCAUGGCUUAUCGUCUUCUGAACGCCAUCCUCAAGUCGCUCCACAAAGGAAACCUACCUUGGCUCGGAGCGGCGGGCACGGUGAAUGCGUUCCAUUACAAGAACCCAUGGACCGUGCAAGAUUUCUGGAACAAGGGCAUUGUCAUCGACAAGAAGUCAGGAGCGAACGGAAUCUACCUGAGGAUUUAUCGAGAGUUCCAAAAGAAGCACAAGGGCGACAAACCCAAGUUCUACGUCGGCAAGACAGAACGCUCCUUUGGAAUACGAUAUGGCGAACACGAGAGCGCAACGACAAGCAAGACUGCACAAAACUACAGUGGCCAUCACUACAUCACCGCACGCGAUGCUCAGUACAGGAAGUCGAUCGAGUUGCUCAGAUUUGAUUCCACCACACUAGGAGCUAGUGGCAAAGAUUAUGACAUCGCCGAGAAUGUCAUGAUCUGUCUUCUGGGAACGUACAGACAAGAGCUCCUCAAGGACCGUGUUCGUGUGACUUCCACCGACGCUACCGAGAGUACAGAGAGUCAGGUGACGGACGAGCUGGAAUCCAAGGAGGCAGGCAUCCAAUUGCACCAAAUCGCAAGUGAACUAUUGCGGAAACACAACUGGGGAAAGCAUCUUCGCGACAAUCUGUCUGGUGGCGUGAACUGGUCAUCACCAUUGGGAGAUGCUUCGACAACCAGAUGUGAGAAGGUGUUGUACAUGCACAUAGAUGCAGGCGACCGCCAUACAUACACUCGCUCUGCGUCCAACGUGAACAAGGGAUCGAACAAAGACACGCACACCUUCUUCAAGAUCAUGGGCAUGGACAAGGCCGGAAAGAAACAGGCAGGCAUAGCCUUCCAGAGACAUCCUGCAAAGAACGGUCCAGACAUCAAGCAGCGUAUCGUCAUUACAUUUGAGAUCAUGAAGAAUCGUCGCCAUCCACAAGCAUUCGGGCGUCUCCCGGACGUCCUUGGCUGGAGCAAUGGUGACGAUCUCAACAAGUUCGCUGUUCGCGUGGAGUGGUAUGACGAGGAUGAAGACCAGUGUCAGAGGAUGUAUCUGCAGCAUUCAACCCUGCAGGUCAACUUCAAAGAUCCCAAAGUCAAAGGCAGCUUGAGUCGCUACAGCGACAUCCUGUCCUUGUCCAUGUUCCUGCAGGGAAAGGCAUUCGCCACAGUCUUCGAUUGGCAGCAUCCCAGGAUGGACAGGGCACGGGUCAAGACAGUGACGUUCGAUCCCUGGACUCAAGCGUACAAUCUGGGCAACUAUACGCUCGGAGGUCUCGUUGACAAGCCUAAGAUCGAUGACGCCCGUACGAAGGCACAGCUCGAGGCAGUUGGUCUUCAGCUUUAUGGUAGGCCUUGGGACGGUACGUCCUUUUUGACAGGGCUUACGCAAAAGCGCUCCAGGUGCGACACCUGCUACGUCGCCUACCGGGACGAGAAGAAGACUCAGGGAUCUGGCAGACCCAAAGCCAAGGAGUGCAUCAGAGCCCAGUACGGCACUGGGGAAUGCGAAUGCUGCUUCGCCUUCGGACGGAAGUGCACGUACACCCCAUCGAAAAUCAUCGAGAAGAUCGGGGUCGGGAAGGUUCGUAACAUGCUUUUCGGCUACGAAGAAGACGAGGAUGCUGCGCCGGCAGACAUCGAGUGGGGCGAAUACCUUUCUGGAGAGCUUAUGGAGAAUUCUGGAGCGUUCUUGGUCUUUCAGCCUGAAUCAAAAGUUUGUUGUUCCCUACCAAUCUUUAUUUUUUGGCUGUCGUUGGAGAGAGCAGUGCACUGGAGCUGGAGUUUGAAGGAGUUCUUCGGCCUCUCAUUGGCUGCUGGUGAAAAGUUCGGUUUGAGCUGUUUCCAAGUUGUUCGUGCCGUCUCCUCACAGAAUCAGCAACAGCCAAUCACAGCGCGAGAAACUCUUCCAACUUCUUCAAGAUUUCAAAUUCUCAACAGUAGACAGACCGUGGGGAGUGGCUUCCGUGGUAUUGCCUUGUUGGGCUUGUGUACAGAAGACCUCCUGCAGGUUGGGAUCAACUCGACAAAGCGAGGAGUCCGAGGACGGCUUGCCAACAACAAGGACAAGAAGCCUUUUUCCUGUGCCUAA